UUCUGAUUAACUCCGUCUCUUUAAACAGACUCCGUUAUCUCCCCCCCUUCUCUCUCUCUCCCCCUUUCCUUCUCUCUCUUUCUCUCUUUUCUCCAAACUGGGGCUUUGAUUGCAGUUCUCUCUGUAGCUGUUGCUUCGAGGCCUUCCCUUCUAGGUUGUUUUUGUUUUGAGAACAAUAAUUGUAGUUCAAUGUGACAUGGAUUGAUUGAUGGGCCUGCAAAAAUUUGGAAGAUCUGUUUGUGGGGGUGAGUCUUAAGGAUUAGUUGAAGUUGUGGAAUUUAAGAUGGAUUUGUUGGCUCAUUUCUAUAUGCUGAGAUGUUUGUGAGGUAAUUCUAUUUGAAAAGCGGGUUUAGAGAUUGAAACCUGGAAGCAGGAGAGAAGGGAAAGGUUGUGGGAAAUCAUGGGGGAAGCUCUUCUCACUACCCUGUCCAUAGAGAAUUCUCAUUUGUCUACAUUAUUGUCUAUGGAUUCAGGUUCUGUGUCGCAUGAUGAAUUGGAAAGAGAGAUGAAUCGAACUUUCAUACUUUCUCGUCCUCCUGAUAUCAAUCUCCCGCUACUGUCUGAGCCUAGCCCACCUCCCCAAACUUGGAAUGAUUCAUGUGACAUCUUAGAUGUAGGCCUUGGGUCUCAAGUUUAUGAGGCUGAGGCGACAAUCACUCUCCCCAAAGUUGCAAGGAAAUGCAACAAGAGGCUUGAUAGCGUUUGGGGUGCAUGGUUUUUCUUCAGCUUCUACUUCAAGCCUGUCUUGAAUGAGAAGUCCAAGUGUAAGGUCAUUCGGGACAGUAAUGGGGUCUCUGGGUACGACAAGACAGACUUGCAGUUGGAUGCUUUCUUGGUUCAGCAUGAUAUGGAGAACAUGUAUAUGUGGGUUUUCAAGGAUAGGCCUGAAAAUGCAUUGGGGAAGAUGCAGCUGAGGAGCUUCAUGAAUGGGCAUUCUCGCCAAGGAGAACGUCCAUUCCCAUUUAGUGUGGACAGGGGCUUUGUUCGGUCUCAUCGUAUGCAGAGGAAGCACUACAGGGGUCUUUCUAACCCGCAGUGUGUUCAUGGGAUAGAAGUUGUUCGGUCACCCAACCUCAUGUGUCUUGAUGAAGAAGAGAGGAAGAGGUGGGCAGAGCUUACAGGCCGAGAUAUAAAUUUCUCAAUCCCACCUGAAGCAAGUGACUUUGGUACCUGGAGGAACCUUCAGAACACAGAUUUGGAGCUUGAAAGGCCUGCCCCUCCAAAGAACAAUGGAAAUUCACAACCAAGAAAAUUGCUUGAUGGUACGGGUUUGAAUUUGUCAACUCAGCCAUCAGAGCAUGUCAACCACGAGGGAAUGGACCUGUCACCGGUCUGCAACAAGCGGAAGAAGGACUUUUUCCCCCAUGGGAAUGACAAUGACUGUUUACCUAAUAACCCACAUUUCGACAGAGCUGGCACAGUCCACCCAGUUGAGUCACAUUGGUUUAAUGAGUUCAGUGGGGUGAUGAAGAAAGCAUCCGGCCCUGUUACAGCUGCAAAAACAAUUUAUGAGGAUGAGGAAGGGUUUUUGAUCAUUGUCAGCUUGCCAUUUGUAGAUCUUCAGAGGGUAAAAGUUACUUGGAGGAAUACUCCUUCACGUGGGAUUGUAAAGAUAUCUUGCGUGAGUACAGCUUGUUUGCCAUCCAUUAAGAGACGUGAUAGAACAUUUCAGCUAACAGAUCCAACACCGGAGCACUGCCCUUGUGGGGAAUUUGUGAGGGAAAUUGAGCUUCCUACCCGCAUUCCAGAAGAUGGUAAACUGGAAGCGUACUGCGAUGAGACAGGUACAAUGCUCGAGAUUAUGGUGCCCAAACGUCGAGUGGGACCAGAAGAACACGAGGUCCGUGUGUGCCUUCGUCCCUCUCCCUGGAACGAAAGAGAGCAUCUGUUGACCUGAUGCAGGCAUUCAGAUGAUAGAUGCAAGAAACAUUUUUUACUGUUUCAUUGUUUAUUUUAACUAGAUUCCAUCGAGGAAAUCUAUUGAAUGAAAUCUGAUUUUUUUUUUUUUUCUUCACCCCUUUAGGUAUUUAAACCCCCACCCUAAGAAAAAAAAGGGCAAAAAGAUAGCAGCCUUCCCCUUUUCCUUUUUAUAUUUUCAUACAAUUUAUCAGAUUGAUAUGUUGAUUUUUAUAGAUGGUAUGGUAAGACUGCUCUGUAUCUUAUGCUUUA